AUGGAAACUUUACAAAGAUACGAUGGAAAUGUCCAUCCUGAACUUUGGGUCAAACAAGCUCGAACGUAUUGUUCACUAAACCAAAUAUAUAGUACACCAGAUCAAUUAGAGUUUUGUAAAAAUAUGAUAAACACCAUAAUCAUUAAAAUUCCAAGCGUUUUAAAAACUUUUGACGAACUUAUUAAUGCCCUCAAGGCAGAUAUAUCUUUUACGGUGUUCAAAGAUACUUGCAAAAGGAAAUUACAAUUUUUAAGAUAUUAUUCUGAAAAAGAAUGUGGAAAUACUUCCAAAUUUAUUGCGGAAUUUAGGAUGCUUUGUUUUGGAGCUGAAAUUAAUGAUAUCGAAGAACUUAAACAAUAUCUUUUUCAAAGUGUCCAAAGCUAUUAUUAUUGUGAUCGCGAAGAAUAUAAAAAGGUUACAUCUAUGGAUGAAUUAAUUCGACUUUUUAAUAUCGUUGUUUCAAGCAAUUUUAAUCUCAUUAAAGCGGGUUCUAUUGUUUAUGCCGAUAAUCCUGCACUUUCAUAUAAUGUAUUGUGGAAUAUUCUUUAUGAUAGUUAUCUUCCAGGAUCUCUAAUUAAUUAUGGAAAGGGAAUAUUUUUACAGGCAAAACAUAUGAACCAUGAGUGUGGUUUCCUUAAUGCAGAAAAUUCGGUAUGCUUAAGCCGGCAGAAUGAUUGGAUUAUUAAUCAGAGGGAUACUUCUAAUAUUGCUAAAAAGGAAUUCGUAGCUUCUCAAGAUAUCAUUUAUCUACAAAAUCGUUUUAAUAGAAGAAUUUUACGUAGUCAAGAUGUUACUUGUACAAUUAACAAUGAAAAUCAUCAAGAGGUUUUUACGCAUGAUGAAAGGAUUGGAGGACAUGAUGAGUGGUGUAUAGAACUUGUGCAAUAG